AUGGAGCGAGGGCAGCUGGCAGCUAACACCGCCCUUCUCUGGCUGAGAAGAUCACCAGGGGAAGUGUGUUUUCCAGGAGGUAAAAGUGAAGCAAUUGAUAAAGAUGAAAUUGAUACUGCUCUCCGAGAAGCUAAAGAAGAAGUGGGACUCCAGCCAGAGAAGGUGGAAGUUAUCUGUAGACUUGUGCCUGGAAUUGAUAAAAUGAAUUACUUGGUAACACCAGUUGUAGGAUUUAUAGAGGAUACAUUCCAGGCCAUUCCUAAUCCAGCAGAAGUGAGCAAUGUUUUUGUCGUGCCAUUGGAGUACUUUGUCAAGCCCUUAAAUUACAAGACCUUGCCUUAUAAAACCUCAUCUGGUUACUUAGGUUGGAUGCACUGCUUUACGUACGAUGAUCAUGAACAUAACAUGUCAUUCAGGAUAUGGGGACUUACUGCACACUUUGCUGUACUUCUUGCUCUUGUAGUUUUGGGAGAGAGACCUACCUAUGAAAUUGAUUAUGAUCUUGACAACUUAAUUUCAUCCUCUGAGAAUAAAUUCAUGAAUUUAUAUGCCUCCAUAUAUGAAAGAAAGAAGAGUAAUCUAUGACAAACUGGUCUGGCAAUUAAUUUAUACUCAUGGAGAGAAAAGGGUUUUCUUUAUUCCCUUUGUACCUAUUAUUUGACUGACUGAAUUUCACACUUGAAUUUCUUAUUAAAAUCUAUUUUAAAAUAAUCUUUUUAAGUUGCCAAUCCCUAACUAGAUUAAGACUAUUUUUAAUCUGUUCUAAGAGUUGCCAAAAGCACAUGGUAUUUUUGAUGGACUUUAUAUACAGCUUUGGAAGAUCUGUUUCAGUUUCUGCCUUCAUUUUGUAUGAUCUAAGACACUUUCUGUGGUUUGCCUUCUGUACAUAUAAUGAGAUAAUACUAUUUUAUUUAAUUUUUGUCUAUUAUAAUAUGAAAACUUUUGGGGAUCUGUCUGUCUUACUGUGUGGCAUACUACAUAUGGACAACAUAAUGCAUAGUCUUGUGUGGUAUCUUUAAGCACUUACAAAAUGCACAAUAAAAAUA